UACUAUAUGGUAUUGGGAUAUAUAUGCACAUAUGGAAAAUCAAACAAUUGUAGGUAACUAAGUAUUGGUGCAAAAAUAUAGCAUGGUCAGAAGGGCUAAAUAUCACAAUAAACUAAAACUGAUUUGGGGAAAGAUAUGAGGAAGAAUUGCAGGGGAGAAGGAAUAAAGGCAAAGUAGAAGGGGUAUGACAGAUCUAAGUAAAAACAGGAAUAUUGAAGUAAUUAUAAAUAUACUUUCAAAUAGUAUUUUCCACUAUUCUCUUAUAUUUACCAUUAUCCCUUCCAGGCAGCCAGAUGUAAUGAUUGUCCCUCCAAUAUAUCAUAAUAUUUCUGCCACCACAACUUUGCUCAUGCCAUUCCACCUCUACUGCGCACCCUUACACUUCAUCCACUCAUAUUUACAUUAAGCUUCUCAAGUCCUAACUCCUCCAUGAAGACUCUUCUGACCACUAUGACCAAAGAGACUUCUUCCCACAUUUAACUCAAAAUGCCUUUUAUCCAUGCCUACCACAGACCUAUGCUAUGUUUGUAAUAGAUCCUUGGUGAAAGUUUGUUGAAUGAAUUAAUGAAUUAAUCUUACACAGAGAUAUAUUACUUACCAUUUCAUAUGUGUGUGUGGUGGGGGAGUGAUUCAUUUUCAAAAGAUACCAUUCUUUUUCUUAUCUAAAUGCUUCACUAUUGUAUACUUUAUUCAAAUUUCUAGAACAUCCUUGGUAUUCUAGAUUAUGACAGUAUACUUUGAGGAUUACCUACAAGUUUGGGAGCAUGUCUCUUUCUCCUGUGGUAAGUAGUAGAUAGCUAAGGACUGGAUCUGACUGUGCCUUCCAUCAUUCAUUGCCUACUCCCUCGAUUCUGGCACACCUUUCGGGGUAAGCUCUGCAGCAUCAUGAGCCAUCAUCCUAACACCUACUUUAUUUUGUGCCUCUAUUGUGUUAUGGUUAUCUGUAUGUGAUAUCAGCCAACUUGAUUGCAAGCUUCACAUGGGCAGGGGUCAAGUUUUAGCUAAACUUUGUUUAGCUAAACUCAGCAUACAUUGUAGGAAUUUUCAAUAUUUUCACACUCCCUGGGGUGAAAGACAGUUUCAUUUUUGUCUUUUUACACAUAAUAAGUGCUUGAUGCAUUUUUAUUAAUAGAUGUUUUUUAAUUUAAUUUUUGACCCAGGACACACUUGAACUCCUACAUACUUCAACUUAAACAUGAGUGAAGUAAGACUUAGCGCUGAACACGCUGAACACCAUCACUGCAUAACUCCUGUAUUCACUCUAUUAAUCUCACCAUGGUCUUUUUCCACUACAAAGGAAAGGCCAGUUUGAUCCAAGAGGGACCAGUCUCCUCACUAUUUGGUGAUCUUAAGUACUGCUGAAAGAUAUGCCAAUGUGGUCAUUUUCCAUUUAAUUCACCUAUUUCCCCUAGCUAUGGCAGCACUUUGGGAUGCAUUCCAGGAAAUCUCCCUUGGCAUUAACCUCACUCUCUUCUUUCUCCAUUUUAGUGCUCCUGUUCUUCUCCCCGUUACACUGCCAACCUUACAGGGGAAAACACAUGAUCUGCUACCCUGGCUACCUCAUGGCCAGGGUCAACUCACUGGCAAUGUUAAUCGACACACACAGUAAUGGGCAGAACCUAUGAGAAGAGCAGCAUUACCAAACAACUAGAAUCAUACUUCUUACUCUAUGUUAGCAAUGCUAGCAUAGCCUUCCAGAAAAUGGCUUUCGUAUGCCUAGCUGACUUUCAAGCAUAUGCCAAAGACAAUCUUCCUAAGCCCACUUGGGAAUUCAUUGAAGGAGGAGCGGAUGAAUGCAUCACAAGAGAUGAGAAUAUCUCAGCAUAUAAAAAAAUCCGUCUCCGUCCCCGCUUCCUAAGAGACAUGUCUGUGGUAGACACCAGGACAACCAUCCAAGGGUCUGAGAUCAGCUUCCCAGUCUGCAUUGGACCCACUAGCUUCCACUGCCUUUGUUGGCCUGAUGGAGAAAAGAGUACAGCUAAAGCAGCACAAGCCAUGAAUAUCUGCUAUGUUACCAGUACUUUUUCCACAUGCUACUUUGAGGACAUCGUGGCUUGUGCCCCCAGUGGUCUCCGAUGGUUACAACUAUAUGUGCAACGGGACAGGCAAAUAACAAAGAAGCUGAUACAGGAAGUGGAAACCCUAGGCUACAAAGCUCUAGUCCUCACUGUAGAUACUGCUGCUUUGGGCAACAGAUUGCAAGAUAAUCGCAACAAAUUCUCUUUGCCAAAAUCAAUGUCAGUGAAAAACUUGCACGUGGAUAUUGAGGAAAAUGCUGAGUCUCUCCUCCCAGUCUCAAAUAUUGAUCCGUCCACCUGCUGGAAAGACAUUGCCUGGCUAAGAAGCAUCACACAAAUGCCCAUCAUCCUGAAAGGGAUUUUAACAAGGGAGGAUGCUGAGCUGGCCAUAAGACACAAUGUGCAGGGCAUUCUCGUCUCCAACCAUGGUGGAAGACAACUGGAUACAGUUCCAGCCACAAUUGAUGCCCUGACAGAGGUCGUGAAUGCUGUGCAAGGAAGAAUCGAAGUCUACUUAGAUGGCGGGAUCCGAACUGGAACAGACGUAUUAAAGGCACUAGCCCUUGGUGCACGGUGUAUCUUCCUUGGAAGGCCAAUCCUAUGGGGUCUCACUUACAAGGGUGAAGAGGGAGUUCGACAAGUUUUGAACUUAUUAAAGAAGGAGUUCUAUAAAUCCAUGAUCCUUACAGGUUGCCGAUCAGUUUCAGAGAUCAGCCAGGACUUGGUACAAUUCCCCAGACUAUAAGAGGUGACCUUUCCAAGGGGAUCUGAGGACUGGAUGCAUCAAGCAACCAUAUGGACCCACCCUUCUCAAGGCAUGCUUCCAAGUGGCUCUCUAGAAGAUCUUCACUGACAGUCAGACUUCACAGUUUGCCUCUUUCCAGGCAUCAAUUCACUAUCUAGAGAUAGUCCAUACCCAUGAUCAUGAUUUCUAUUCUAAAUAUAGGGAAAAUAUUAAGCAACUAUGUAUUUUUUUAUUCUGAACUUAAGGAAUAAAAUAAGCAUUUCCAUUAUAAACUGCGUAGAAAACCAGAGGAUAGCACUUGAAAUUGCAGAUCGAUUAUGUACAACCUGCUAUUUCUUUCAAAUAUACAACAAAGUUAUCACA